CCAUUUUGUCCACUAGUGGCCGUUUUGCCAUUUUGUCCGCUAGUGGCACCAUUUCGUCCUGUCGUGGUCGUUUUGCCCUUUUGUCCACUAGUGGCAGUUUUGCCGUUUUGUCCUCUAGUGGCAGUUCUGCCAUUUUGUCCACUAUUGCCGUUUUGCCAUUUUUUUCCACCAGUGGCCGUUUUCCUCUUGUUUUUUACUAGUGGACGUUUUCUAUUUUGUCCACCAGUGGCUAUUUUGCCAUUUUGUCCACUAGUGGCCGUUUUGCCCUUUUGUCCACUAGUGGCAGUUUUGCCGUUUUGUCCUCUAGUGGCAGUUCUGCCAUUUUGUCCACUAGUGACAUUGUAUUCACUAGUGGCAGUUUUGCCAUUUUGUCCACUAGUGGCAAUUUUGCUAUUUUGUCCACUAGUAGCCGUUUUGCCAUUUUUUCGAGUAGUGGCCGUUUUCCCAUUUUGUCCAGUUGUGGCCGUCUUGCCAUUUUGUCCAUUAGUGGCUGUUUUGCCAUUUUGGCCACUCGUCGCCAUUUUCCCAUUUUGUCCAGUAGUGUCUUUUCUGUCAUUUUGACCACUAGCGGCGGUUUUGCAAUUUUGUCCACUAGUUGCCG